AUGAAGACCUCACCCUGGAGCCUCGUGUGCUGCGCUUCCCUGCUGCUGUCCGAUGUGCUGGGCACAUACCACCUCAGCGCGGGAGACCCGCAGCUGAUCGCCGCGCAGAGCUACGCUCAAACCAGAAAUAACGGUCGACCACCAGGCAGGACCCUGAAUCCGGCAAUUCACAGAAGUGAUUACACGUAUAGAGGAGGGUAUCACUACCACUACCAGCAGCCAAGGAUCCCUCCAUCGGUAGUGUAUCGACCUAUUCCUCUAUCUCCACCGGUGACUUACCACAGACCCUCAGUCUCCAUGCCACCCUAUCACCACAGGUUCACAGUGCCGGUAGCACCACAAAUGCACCACAUAUACAAGAGUCUAUCUCCACCUGUAGCUUACCAUCAUCAUCAAAGGGUCAAAGGCCCAUUUCCUUACAAAAUAAAAGGUCCAUGCCCAACAAAGUCGGAGCCCACAGUACCAACAACACCUGUGGUACACCUUCCUACCGCCAUCCCAACUCUCCCAGAGCCAACACUGCAGCCAACACUGCGGCCAACACUGCAGCCAACACUGCGGCCAACACUGCAGCCAACACUGCAGCCAACACUGCCAGCAACCUCGGUGGCACCACUGACAACCAUCAGGCCGGUGGUGGUGACCACGGUGCCGCCAGUGGAGACCACCGCUCCUGUGACGCUACCGGUCAGUACCCAAAGCGGCUUCAUCACCACCGUCAGUCCUGUGGAGACAGAAACAGAGUCUAAGUGCAGGAGCCGUCCCCUGGACCUGGUCUUCAUCAUCGACAGCUCUCGCAGCGUGCGUCCUGGUGAGUUUGAGAAGGUCAAGAUCUUCCUGGCCGACAUGGUUGACACUCUGGUCGUGGGCUCAGACGCCACCAGAGUGGCUGUGGUCAAUUACGCCAGCACGGUCAAGAUCGAGUUCUUGCUCAAAGACCACUUCAACAAACCCGACAUGAAGAAAGCCAUCUCCCGUAUUGAGCCCUUGGCGGCUGGCACCAUGACUGGCCUUGCCAUCAAAACAGCAGUGAACGAAGCCUUCACCGAGCAGUCUGGAGCCCGACCUCGGUCUAGGAACAUCUCCAAGGUGGCCAUCAUUGUGACGGACGGGAGACCUCAAGACCAGGUGGAGGAAGUGUCUGCCGCUGCUCGGGCCUCGGGCAUCGAGAUCUACGCUGUCGGAGUGGACCGUGCAGACAUGCGCUCCCUGCAGCUGAUGGCCAGCAUUCCUCUGGAGGAACACGUCUUCUAUGUGGAGACAUAUGGCGUUAUUGAGAAGCUCACCUCCAAGUUCAGGGAGACCCUGUGCGGUCUGGACCCCUGCGCCAUGGGACACGACUGUGAACACAUUUGUGUCAACAGCAACGCCUCCUAUUACUGCAAGUGCCGGAAUGGUUAUGUCUUGAACGCAGACAAGAAAACGUGUUCCCUGAAACAGGUGAAAGUGGAGGUCGUGGAGGAUCCCUGUAAGUGUGAAGCCAGACUGGCUUUCCAGAAGCAGACGCAGGCGGCCAUCCAGCAGCUCACAGCCAAGCUAGCCGACGUGUCUGGGAGAAUCGCGCGUCUGGAGAACACGGUGGGCCGCGCUUAAAGCCGCACACGGCGAGGCGGUGAACUGGGUUGUUUCCUGUCGGCGGCGUGGGGGGCGCGGACGACGGCAACGGAGACAUCUGCUUCCUGUCACCCACCCUUCCAUAGCUGCCGCACGGAUUGCGACCACAGAUCGAGUGAAGCUGUGAUUCAAGAAAACCGUUGUCCCUCAAGUUGCUUGACUGCUGUGGGCUGUUUAGCAACAGUAUCUACAGUUGAUGUGGGAUUUUUAUGAACAUCGAAUACGAUGUUUUGAAACUGAUGUAAAAGCUACUUAUACUAUUUCUCUUAACACCCAUAUGAAUGUGGUAUAGUGUUAAAUAACCAAAGAAAAGGAGGAUUAUUUUCAUUGAUUGUCCAGUACUGUAUUAUGUAUGUUUUGUGUCCUGUUUGUGGACAUUGUAUAUCGUAGUCAUUUGUGAAAAUGUCGAAUUGGAUUUACGUAGGGGUUAGUUUUUAGUAGAAAAAUGACUUUAUACUCAGAGGCCUUCAAGGGCAAAAGGAUUUCUUACAUUAAGUAUUUUUGCAUAUUUUCUUUAUAAUAUACUCUCUGUUACAAAAGUUAUAUAUAUGUAUGUUUGUGAUUGCUAUGAGAUGACGUAAAAUAUUUGCUAAGAUCUAUAAAUAAAACAGACAAAUUG